AUGGACAACGAAGCGAACACCCCGCUCAAACCGAGCAAGUCGGUUGACCAAAGUGUCCUGGAUGCCCGCGACCUCGCCGCGCUGGGCCACGACCAGGCCCUGUCGCGGAAAUUCGACAUCUGGAGCAUGCUAGCCCUAGCCUUUUGUGUGCUGGGAACAUGGUCAACGUUCGCGCAAGAUCUCGCCAGCGGACUGACCAACGGCGGACCCGUGAGCAUUCUCUGGGGCUUGUGUCUGGUCACUUUCUGCAACCUCUGUGUCGCCGUCUCGCUGGGCGAGCUGUGCAGCAGUAUGCCCACCGCUCUGGGCCAGGCGUACUGGGUUCACCGACUCUGGGACAACCCCACGGGCAGAUUUGCCUCGUACAUGUGCGCGUGGAUCAACAUGUUUGGCUGGUGGACCUUGACCGCCUCCCAAAUUGCCUUCAUGACAAACUUCAUGCUGGGAAUGAAGGUCAUGUUUGACAACAACUGGGCCGGCGCCAGCGAGGGCUGGGUCGAGUUUCUCGUCUACAUCGGCAUCACGCUGCUGUUCACCGUCAUCAACCUGAUUGCAUGUCGCAAGGAGAAAGUCUUGCCCUACUUCAACAACUUUGUAGGCGUCUGGUUCUGCCUUCUCUUCGUAGUCUUCAGCCUCGCCCUCCUCAUUGCCGUGGGCACAAAACCAACCCUUUCCUUCCAGCCCGCCUCCUUCGUGUUUGGCUCCUGGAUCAACCAGACCGGCUGGAGCGAUGGCGUGACCUGGUUCAUCGGCCUGGUCCAAUCCGCCUACGGCCUAACAGCAUUCGACUCGGUCAUCCAUAUGGUCGAAGAAAUCCCCGCGCCUCGCCGCAACGCCCCGCGCGUCAUCUACCUCGCCGUCGCAUGCGGCGCCAUCUCCGGCUUCAUCUUCAUGCUCGUCUGCCUCUUCUGCAUCCAAGACGUCAACCUCAUCAUCAACUCCCCCACGGGCCUGCCCUUCAUGGACCUAGUCCAGGACGCCAUCGGCCUGCAAGGCGGGGUCGCGCUCAUCGCCCUCUUCGAAUUCAACGGCCUCGGCCAGGGCGUAAGCAUCGCCACCACCGCCUCACGCCUCACCUGGGGUUUUGCGCGCGACUCCGGCAUUCCCUUCAGCCGCUACUUCUCCCACGUCGACCGCACCUGGAACGUGCCUGCGCGCGCUCUGUGGCUGCAGGGCUUCCUGAUCGGGCUCGUCGGCAUUCUCUACCUCUUCGCCAACACGGUGCUCGACGCCAUCCUGAGCGUCAGCACAAUCGCGCUGACCAUAUCCUACGGCAUGCCGAUAUUCGCGCUCCUCAUCGUCGGUCGUGACAAGCUUCCCGCCGGCGGCCACUUCAGACUGGGCCGUCGGUUGGGCCCCGUCGUGAACUGGAUUAGCGUCGUGUAUUGCGCGGUUACGACGGUGUUUUUCUUUUUUCCGGGCUCGCCCAAUCCGUCGCCGAGUGACAUGAAUUAUGCCAUUGCUGUGUUUGGCGUUAUGUUGGUGGUGGCCGUGGCAUUUUGGGUCGUCAAGGGGAAUAAGGAGUAUUUGUUGACGGAGUCGUCGGCUGAGCGGUUGAUGGAGGCGAUGCGCAUAGAGAAUGAGACCGAGGGUGAUGACGAUGAUGGUAAUAAUAAUAAUUCGAAGAAUACUGGGAGUAGCAGCAGGGCUGCUGAUACCGCGGUGGGUGCGAAAUAA